UUAUAUCAUAUAAGUCAGGUUGACUUAAUUCAAUGAUUGUCAAAUUAUUGGUGACAAUCUGAAUAACAUUUUAAUGACAUUUGAACACCAUAAAACAAAAAGUACAAACUUCUGUCUGUCUUACUAGGAGGUUCAGUCAGCAAAUGUGUAAGAGUCAAUCUUAAAAUGUCUAUCUUGAAGCACAUUUACUUUGACUGCAAGGGUAGAGGUCAACCAAUAAGGUAUCUGCUAGCAGAUAAUGAUAUUCCUCAUGAUGAUUCCAUCAUACCAGUUUUUUCUGAAGCUGCUGAAGCUGAUGCUAAAGUAAAUCCGAUUACACUGGAUAAAAUCUUUAACCAUUCAUUUGAUAAAGAUUAUAGCUACAGUGAAGAAUGGAAAAAACUCAAACCUGAGGUGCCAUUCAAUGUGUUACCUGUGCUCAAGACCCCAGAGGGCCAAGUGAUAUCACAGACCAAUGCAAUCUUGCGCUAUCUGGCCAGGAAGUAUGACCUGUAUGGUACAACUGAAGAUGAUGUUACCCAGAUAGAUAUUCUAAUUGAGCAUGAGAGCGAAGGGAGGGAGCAGAUAUAUGUGAGGGCUUAUGGUGACUAUCAUGCCACCCAGAGAGAAAAGCUUGUGAGGUUCAUCCUCCCAGAUAACCUCAGACCUCUGGAGAAUGAACUGGAGAAAAAUAAUGGUGGAACAGGAUUUCUAGUGGGAGAAAAGAUUUCCUUUGCUGAUUACAAAAUAGCCGACUUCCUAGACACAUGUCUAGCAGUAGAUUCGACAAUCCUUGAACCAUACCCUUUAUUGAAGGCCUAUCUGGAGAGAAUUCUAUCAAGACCAAAGAUAGCAGAGUUGAGAGGAAAGGAACCAUAUAAGUCCCUGACCUUCCUGUGUUGCAGGAUUAUCUAAUCUGGCAAGGAUUCCAAUGUAUACAACAAUACAUGACUUAUUUCUCAUGCUUUUGAUUGAACAUUUUAGAAACAUUUGCAACAAAAGAUUAGAUUUAAUAAUUAUAAAGUAUAAC